AUGGGGCCCCCAGGCAAUAGGGGAUCAUGGGGCCCGUGUCCUUGCCCAAACUCAAAAAAGCCUAUGAAAAAGUUUGCCAAAAUAUGCAUAAAAAACAAAUCAAAAUGCACUUUAAAAAACUGCAAAAAUACGUGCUAACAAAAGGGCCAAAAUGUGUGUUACAAACAGGGGCAGACUGACAACUCAUGGGGCCCCCAGGCAAUAGGGGAUCAUGGGACCCCUGCGUCCUUGCCCAAACUCAAAAAAAGCCUAUGAAAAAGGUACCAUGGGCAUCUCAUGGGGCCCCCUACUGACCCCGGGCCCUCGGGCUUUGCCCGAGUUUCCAAAUGGUCAGUCCGCCCCUGGUUACAAACCACACCAAAAUGCA